AUGGAUGGAUCCGCUAUAAACCCCAAUGAAAUCAAUCGUUACGAAGUCACAGAAGUUUAUGCCCAUCCCGAAGCAGAAGCAGAUAUUGUACUGGUUCAUGGUCUGAAUGGAGACCCUCAGCAUACGUGGACGGCUAAGAAUGGUGUGUUUUGGCCCACUGCUCUUCUGCCAGUCACCUUCAGUUCGAAAGAUCCAACCAAAUCUGCGAAAGUUCGAAUCCUCGUGUAUGGAUAUAAUGCGGAUGUUGUGGCCUUUGGAGAGAAAUCGGCUUCACAUGAUAGAAUACAUGAACAUGCACAAAGUUUGGUAUCGAGUUUGGCGCUAGAGAGAGCGAGUGAAGAGGCCGAGGAAAACCCCAUCAUUUGGGUCGCACAUAGUUUGGGCGGUAUCUUGGUAAAACGAGCACUAGAAAUAUCUCACGAUUAUCAAGGGAAGAGCAAUGAUGAGAUUCGUUCCAUCGCCGUCUCGACUUUCGGUAUCAUAUUUCUUGGUACUCCUCAUACUGGUGCUGAUCCGGCGAAAUGGGGUUUGAUCUUUCAAGGAAUGGUAUCUGCUUUGAUGCCAAAGAAAGCUUUAGACUCGGAAUCAAUUCUCAUCAAGACUUUGACGACAAAUAACGAGACACUUGCCAACAUCAACCUUCAUUUUCUCGACAUAUACCAGCGAUUCAAGAUUUGCAUGGCUCAUGAGAGUUUGAAGACCGAUUUCAAAGGAACAAAAGCUUUCGUUGUUGAUCAAACUUCCGCCAGCCCUCUACUUCCCGAUGUCUCUUACUUUGGUAUCGAGGCCACACACAGCGGUAUCUGUAAAUAUGAGAGCAAACGAGCACCAGGCUACAUAAACGUCUCCACCAAGCUUAAGAUAUGGGCCUUGGAAGCUUCCCCAAUCAUCCGCGCUCGCUGGAGAGAGGAAAAGAAGAACCGAAUCGAGGAGAGAGAAGCGCAAAUCAGAGAGCUUAGAGGACAAUUCGAAGAUCCCACAUUGGCGCCAGGAUCUCCACAACAACAACCACAGGGUAUGUACCAAGGUGACUCUUCUUUAGCUCAUCAUGAGCAUGGUUUGAUUGAGCCUUCUCGGCCAAGACCUAUUUUUGAUUAUGAGGUGUCGGAAGUUGAGGAGAGAGACAUUGAGAUGGCGGAUCAUUUAUCGAAUUCAGUUCAAACCGUUGCAAGCAUUGAGCCCGAUAAUACAGACGAUAGUGUAGAGUAUUUCAUCAAGCCACCUGGAUUCCGUCCCAAUUCCAUAUUUAUCGGACGACAGGAAGAACUUAUUGAGAUGCACAAGAUGUUGUUUGAUGAAACAAGAAGGUCUCAGGGUUCGUCCGCCGUUUUGAUUCAAAGUAUGCCUGGUGGUGGUAAGACUCAUCUCGCUCGACAAUACGCAUUUGAACACAAAGACCAAUUUCCCGGUGGUGUAUUUUGGAUUCGAGCGAAAAGCGAACAGGAACUCACUGCGGGAUUUUGGCAAAUUGCACGAAAAGCUGCGUUGAAACCUUCGAUGGUUAAUGAAGAUCCAAAAGUUCUCGACAACCCCGAUCAAUUUAUUAAGUUGGUCAAGAAAUGGCUGAAUCAUAGAAGUCACUGGCUAUUGAUAUUGGAUGGUAUUCACUUUGACGAUAGCCUUCGAAGAUUUAUUCCUGACAGUAUCAACACUAGUAUCAUCUACACAUCAACGGAGAAGUCUGUCAGUGGCGAUCAUCAUUUCAUGAAUCCACAGAUCUUAAAGUUACCUGCACUUUCUGCCAGAGAAGCACAACAUCUUUUAUUGCGAGAACUUGACAAGAAGGAUCCGUUCCUUCAAGAUGACCUUAGACACUCGAUGGAAUUGGUUCAAGCGAUGCAAUUUUUACCUGUUGUCAUUCAUGUCGUUGCUCAACGGUUAAAGGCUACGGACGAACCACUCGCCAGAUAUGCUAGAUCAUAUGCAUCUGGACCGAAAGGGUUGAGGGAGCUUCAGGCUUUUACAUCUGUGGUCGAGCAAUUGGAGAAGCUUGGAGCGUACGAGACACUUAACCUGAUACACAUCUUAUGCUUCUUCAGUCAGCAUGUUCCAGUUGAGAUGAUUGCACUAGGUAAAUAUUUACAUAACCCCGUUUCCCUUAAAUGUAUAUUAACGUCAGUAUCAGGUCUGGAUGCACUCGAUGUUCCCAUCCGAGCCAGCGAGUCAAUCACAGGUAGAUCCUUGAACAAUACUUUUAAAGUAUUGAACAAGUUCGCUUUGAUAGAUCGAAAUGAACAUGAAGCUUCGCUCAACUCAUCUCAAAUAUCACAAGGAUCAAAAGGUAGCAGGGAUUUGUUGUCGGACAACAUCGACGUUAUCAGGCUGCAUAGUGUCGUCCAAGGAUUUUUCGUGGAUACCUUGCAUGCCAAAGGAAAACUGCCGAUGUGGCUUGAUCGAGCCAUCGGGGUAUUUUGUCAUUCAUUUGAUGAAGCCAAUGAUCGUAUCACACAAAAGACACGCACUGGUCUUGUCGAGGAUUAUCGACUUUAUGAGAUUCACGGCAUCAAACUUCAGCAAUAUCUCGAAAGGCACAAGAAGGAGUAUAUCAAACGACAUAAGAAAGAGAUGCUGGACCCUGAAUCUACACACAAUAUGCUAGAAGAUGUACUGAAUGUCAUUCGAAGCGAAAUUCAACGACGGACUCCAGAGUCUUCUCAUGUGAUUGCUGGAGGUCGACCGGAAGCAUUCCAGAUUUCGAUCUUUGAUCGGACUAGCAGCUCCUCUGAUACCGGCGUAGACCCAGAAACACCUGCGGAUAAGUUUACUGAGGGUACGCCAUGGGUUCUUGGGCCCCACAUUGAAUCUCCUCGCAGUCUUGUUCACAAUCCGGAGUUUCUUCAACAAGUAGAGAUCAUUAAAAAGAUUCAGUUCACACCUCAACUUCCCAAGGAAGAUACUGGAUAUGAUAGUGAUCGAGAAGGUUCCAGCAUUACACUUCAACCAUUAAAGUCUAUGAUUCCUCAAGCUACCUCACCUCAAAGUCCGGGAGGCCCAUGGGAAGUGGUCAAACCUCGACGUACAAGAGUCACGGCACCAAAGCUUGAUCUUCAUCGAACCAUUCGAGCUCAGGAAUCAAGGAGAUAUCGCAACCGUGCAGAUUCUGUUCGUUCGAUGACUCCGGUUUUUACAGAUCCACUUGUGACUAGUGUCACAGCACAUGGAGAAUUGCAACAGCCUGAUGAUCGACCACAAUCUCGUGGUAGAUUAUCCGGUCAAUCUAGUGCUAGGGUAGCACUUGCUCACAUCAGUAAAACUAGCCCACCACCAAUCCGAGGAGGUGGUCCCAUUCAAGAUCGAAGAAAGCCUGAACAUAAAUUGACCGAGAUCAAUCUCAUCACCAGGGCUCCUACGUACGCAUCGGCUGUUGCUGGUCCAACGAAAGAUACAGCUUCAAGACAUGGUACUGAAGAGAACUUUAGUGAUACCACUUCAAACCUUGGAUACCCCGAGCCAAAAUCCGCGAUUGCUGCUCUGCAACGCAUUCCUCAUGAUAGAGAACCCCCAUCGCCACAACCACGCACACCUUAUACACCCAUGCCACCAUAUCCUCGUACACCAGAUUUGUAUUACCAACAACCGUAUCCUGCAUCUGAUAGCAACCUGUACAACAUUCAUCACAUGAAUACCAGUCAUGGUAACUUUAAGCCAAUACCUGAUCCUUUUGACAACUUCUAUCCCAUCAUGACAGGUCCAAUUCCCAUAACACGAUCUUCUAUACCCUACACAUCGAUGUCACCAGCACUCAAGCGGGAUCUUCCUCACGAUUAUCCAGGUUGGGAUUCUCAAUCCUAUCCAAGCUCAUUGAAUGGCUCGCUACAUAUUCCAACCUCGCAUCAAAUUCAUCAUCAGAAUCCCAACCAGCUAAAUCCACCUACUCACUUUCAAUCCAUCUCCUCACCCAAUCUUCUUCCAUCCCAACCUCAAGAAUAUCGUCCCAACCCCUCAACAUAUUAUCCCGGUCACCCCGAAUUCUCCCACUCAGACACUAUCAGUAUAACCACAGCACGUACCUCACCACGAGAAUCCGGCUAUACCACACAACCGCUAUCCCGCGAUCCAUCCGGACAAUCAACUCGCUCUACUCACUCUCUUCACACAGAACCUAUUCCUCAACUCCCUACUUUCUCCCCUCGAAUCGGGGUUUUGUCUCCGCAAAGAAGUUAUCAAGCGUACUCUUCUCAUCAAUCAAUUCAUAGUCCUCAGGACCGUGAACGAGGAAUGUUUAGGAAGAGUCCACGGUUGGCUUUUGCGAGGGCGGCGGUGGGUGUUAGUGGUGAGGCGAGUCGAUUGUUGUUUGAAGAUGAAGAGCGAGAGAGGGAAAGGGAAAGGGAAAGGGAGAGGGAGAGGCAGAGACAGGGUCAGGGUCAAUAUUUUUCUGAGCAGGCGAGGGUACCUAGGACUUUUAAUCCUCAAGCUCCGGAUUUUAGUCCGAGGAUGGAGGUUUCGAUGCCGAAGAUGUAUUAUCAGGGUGGGCAGAGGGAGAGGGAGAGGGAGAGGGGGAUGGGGAUGGGGAUGACGAGGGAUGUGAGUUUUAUUUAUCCGAGUCCGGAUUUGGGGGAGGGGAGUGGGAAUGGUAAUGGGGGACAAGAACUAGAAGCUCCGCAAAUGCAAAAGGGUGGUAGUAGUGGAAGUGGGGGGUUGGUUGUAGGUGGAGGGAGAGUGGUGGAGUUUGGGGAUUUGGGGAGAUUUGAAGGGGGAGGUGGAGGUGGGGAGAGGAAGGAGAGGAGGGAGAUGGAGAUGAAGAUGAAGAGGGGAAAUACCGGUAGUGGGCUGAUUGAAUUUGGAGAGACGGGGUUGGGGAUUCAGGCGGGUAGACAGGGUGGGGGGUUUGAAAGGUUGGGGAUGGUGGGGAUGAUGGGGAUGGAUAUGGGGGAGAGGAGACCUGGUGCGGUGACUUGGAGGGGGGAUGGUAGGGGUUGUGGUUGGUAUGGUGAGGCGGGGGGGAGGAGUAGGAGUCGGUAG